CACGCCCAGAGUGAAUCAGCCUGGGGAUCCGCUUCCUGUCCGCUCUGUACCUGCUGCAGUGACUCGGCGAGAAGCCGCACGGACAGACUCAUUCCCACGCAGCCUCGGCUCCUGCCCUCUAUCCUCUCCUCAUCCCCGAGUCUCGGAGCCCGCCCGCCCCAUGGCGCUGAAGAGAAUACAGAAGGAACUCAAUGACCUGCAACGUGACCCUCCGGCUCAGUGCUCUGCUGGCCCAGUAGGAGAUGAUCUAUUCCACUGGCAAGCAACCAUAAUGGGACCAACAGACAGCCCAUAUCAAGGGGGUGUCUUUUUCCUCACAAUUCACUUUCCAACAGACUAUCCUUUCAAACCACCAAAGGUUGCAUUCACAACAAAAAUCUAUCACCCGAACAUAAACAGUAAUGGAAGUAUUUGUCUCGACAUACUAAGGUCACAGUGGUCCCCAGCGCUGACUGUGUCAAAAGUUUUGUUGUCAAUAUGCUCCUUACUUUGUGAUCCAAAUCCAGAUGAUCCUUUAGUACCAGACAUUGCACAAAUCUACAAGUCAGACAAGGAAAAAUACAACAGACUAGCAAGAGAAUGGACUCAGAAAUAUGCAAUGUAAAUUUGUGAAAGAAAAAAAAAGUUUAAUUUCGUAUAAUCCGUUGUACUGUAAAUUCUAGGUUUUUUGGAAAUUAGAAGAGGCCGAGCACAGAUUAUAAUUGUUCCAGAGUUCUUCAGAGCUCCCCCCCCCCAUUCCCAUUUGAUUUUUAGACACUUAAAUUGCUACUCAGAAGCAAAAUAAAACAACCCCCCAAAUCUAAGAAGAGGGUAUUUUGUGUUCACUCCCUGUAUACUUUGCAAAAGACAUUUCGUGCGGUUUUUAAGAUACCUGUUUUUUUUUUGUUUUUUGCACCUCUGCUGAUCAAAUCCAAAAUGGAGAUUUAACCCUGACCGCGCCAAUGAUGACUGUCCAAGCAGGGGUUAAAGCAUCCAACUCUCAUUAAAGACUAGAUUUUUUUUUUUAACUUGAGUAAUACUGCGUAUUUUUUUUUUUCUUUUUGUAAAUCUGUGUUCAGAUUCCAUUCUGUUAGCUCACUAUUUAAUUUGUAUUUUUUUACUGUAUAGACUAAAUAUAUUUUAUUUACCUUAGUAAGGAAACUCAUUUUAGAUCCCCCUUUUCCCCCCCUUAAAGGCGCAGUAUUCUCAAGACACAACUGCUAGUCUUAAAACUUUUUUUUUUUAUAGCCCCAGCUGUAAUUAUUCUUAAAUUGACUGCAGAUUUCUUAAAAACUUCAAUGAUCUUUGCACUGUAAUUCCGAAUACGAUCACUAGAGGGAAAGUGUUUUUUUUUGUGUUGAUUCUGUUGCAUACUUGACACCAGUUGAUUGCAAUGUGAACUAAUUGCACUGCUAUGUAGAGAAAAAAAAAAGAAUCCGUUUGUCGCUCUUCACCAUUUGAUUUUUUUGGUUUUUUUUUUCAAUUUUUUUUUUUCAUACGGGCAAUAUAAAGAAACUCACAAAUCUUUUACAACUCUUACUGUAGCUUUUUUUUUCCAUACAAAUAAAAUGCAUUUUCUACUA